AUGGCUAUCAUUUUUGGAAUAACGCUCGCAGUUCUUGGCGGACUGUUGAUUGCCCUGCUGAUCCUCUUGGUGGCAGUUGUGCGCCAUAGAAGGACUCCACCACCAGAAGGCCCAGCAAUUGUUGAAAUGAGUGAACGCCUCAACAAGUCGUUAAAGUGUCCAUACGGAACCGCGCUUGUGGCUGAUUGGGUGGUUGCUUUUGAAGUUCAGUACUUACAUCGCGUUUCUAAGCACUUUGAUCUUCAGGUCGUCACAAUCCUUUCGGCUUACUAG